AGGAGGUUUUCCUGGAUCCAGACACAGCUCAUCCCCAGCUCGUGCUGUCCCAGGAUUGCGGAAGUGUGAGAUGGGGAGAGACUUGGCAGAACCUUCCAAACAGCCUGAAGAGAUUUGAACAUUCGUUCUGCGUGUUGGGCCAGGAGGGGUUCACUGAGGGGAGACACUGCUGGGAGGUGGAGGGAGAGGUGGGUGAAGAGCCACGCUGGGCCAUUGGGGUGGCCACUGAGUCCUUGAAGAGGAAGGGAACCAUCUAUUUGAAACCUGAGGAAGGCAUCUGGGCUGUGCAGCAAAAGAAGGGAAGGUUGGAGGCUCUCACAGACCCUCACAACCCCUUGUCCUUGUUUCCAGUCCCCAAGAGGAUCUGGGUAGUUCUGGACUGCACAUUAAAGCACGUGACAUUUGUCAAUGCCGAUAAUGGGGCCAAUAUCUUCAUGUUUGCGUCACUCUCCUUCCUUGGGGGGAAGAUCUACCCUUGGUUUUGGGUGGAAAAAGGAGAAGUUCGUGUGUGCCCCAAGGCCAGCACCUUCCCAACAUCCUAA